ACGCUCUAUCCCCAUUGACUCCCAAACUCCCUUUCACACAACCCUCACUUCACUCACCCUUAACCCCCACCCCCUUCACACCACCACACAUCACCACCGUACCACCACCACUCCCAGUGCCAUUUCCCUACCAAGUUCCAAUCUUUUUCAAAAUCCAACAAAUGGGUUGUUGUGCAAGCACCCACAAACCACACGGGUCGCCGGACUUCCACCGGCAUUCAUCAAGAUCAAGCAGAGCUCCGCCGCCGGUGGAGGAAGAAACGGUGAAAGAAGUACUCUCCGAAACCCCUAAUCCCAACCAUUUCAACAAAAUCCAAGACGAACCCAGAAAAACUACCCCCAGAAACAGCCUACACAAGAUCCGAAACCAACAAAAUUUCAACCACGAAGAAAAUAAUUUUUCCGGCGAAGUCUCCGAGAUCUGCAGUAACAUGAGCGAGACUGUUUCCAACACCACAUUUGAAGAAGACUUUGAAGUUUCUCGCCGGAAAGUCGCCAACAGGUCGCCGGCGAAGUUAAGAAACCGGCAGCAUAAUAAUAAUUCCGGCGAGCUCCGUACGGUUAAAAAUAUAAAUUCUCCGGUAAGAGGUAAGCAACAGUCUCCAGGUCGGGUCAGAUCCGGAUCUGAAAUCAAUAACCGUGGAUCCGGGUUUGGGUCAACCGGCCGGCAGAGGCCCGGGUCCGGGCAGGCUUCCCGAUCAAGAUCUCCGGCGAACCGGACGGUGGCGAGAGGUGGUGGUGGUGGUGGGAGGAAUGGGGUCGGAAGAAGUCCAUCGGUGAGGAAGAUGGAUAGUUCGCCAGGUCGGGUCGGGGCGGUUUUGCCGCAACGGGUUAUGGAUCUAGAUAUGGGUUCGGGUAUGGAGAGAGAGGAAGAGAGUGGGUGGGCUCCGAUGGAUGGAAAUGAUGAAUCACUUGAUAAUCCACUUGUGUCGUUGGAAUGCUUUAUUUUUCUCUAGGAUUUUGUUUGGUAUAAAUAAUUGUAUUUUUGAUGAUUGAUAGGUUAAAAAUAUGUUAUGUCAGGUUUUAUAUCUAA